UCACCCACACUGCUCUGUUUCUACUCUGCACAGCUCACUCUCUCUACUACAACACUUGAUUUCUUGUCUAUAUCGUUUCUGGGUCACAAGUUUUAAUCUGAACCAUUCAAAACUUUCUACUUUUAACACGUUUUGAAUUGGUUUAGGUUUCUGGGAGUUGGAAAAGAUUCACUUUUGGUAAUUCUAACUGUCCCUCGGGAGUCCGUACCCUUUGAAAAUCCUAGUUGAUUUUGUUUUUGAGAUCAAAUUUCAGGCGGGGUUGGUGGGGGAAGGCUGACCAUCAUAAAGAAAAAUUGAAUUUUCCAGGAAAAUGAUUCUGUUGCACAACGGGUGCAAACUAUGGCAGUUGUUUGCAAUCCUUGAGAAGAAGUUUUGUGUUGAGGAAAGCUUUUAUUUUUGGAUCUUCCAAAUUUUCAGUAGGUACAGCAUGGGGACUUGAUCACAGGGCUAGCAAAAGCUGUGAGAAAAUUUUUCUGAGUUCUUCCCUCUUUUUUUAUUUUCCUAGAUUUCAAGAAUUUGAGUAGAUUGGGGAGUGAGAAAAUGGGAGGGGCAUCAUUGCCACCGGGGUUUCGGUUCCAUCCAACUGAUGAAGAAUUGGUGGGAUAUUAUCUGCAGAGAAAAGUUGAGGGACAGGAGAUUGAGCUUGAAGUGAUUCCUGUGAUUGAUUUGUACAAAUUUGAUCCAUGGGAGCUGCCAGUGAAAUCAUUCCUUCCUAGUCGCGACAUGGAAUGGUUCUUCUUCUGUCCCCGGGAUAGGAAAUACCCAAAUGGAUCACGCACGAAUCGUGCUACCAAAGCUGGCUACUGGAAAGCCACUGGUAAAGACCGGAAGGUUGUCUGUCAGUCCGCUGUCACCGGUUACAGGAAGACCCUGGUGUUCUACCGGGGGCGAGCCCCAAUGGGGGAUCGAACAGACUGGGUAAUGCAUGAAUAUCGGCUCUGUGAUGAUACUUCUCAAGGAUUACCAUGUUUUCAGGGAGCUUUUGCUUUGUGCCGUGUCAUUAAAAAGAAUGAUAGCACGCAGAAGACGAGUGAUUUUCAGGGAGAACCAAAGGCUAAGCAGGUUGGGAAACGUUCAAACAAUGAAGAAAACUGCUUUGCAAGGAUUUCAAGUGAUCAGACCCUGAUGAUCUCUGAGGACACAUCAUUUCAAACAAGUCACCGGUGCAAUGGGAGUAACUUUCCGAGUCCUGUUACUUCUUCAUAUCAGAGUGCACAAAUUAUGGUUAACGAGGCAUGCUUGAUAGGUACCAUUACCAAUCCCGGUAGCACCUGGGUGUCGCCUGAUUUUAUCCUCGACUCUUCAAAGGACUACUCACAAGGACAAGGCAAACCGGGACACUUGCCACAUUAUGAGUCUGAUCCAAACACUCUUAGCCAAUGCUGGCAAACAUAUAAUCAGCAUGAGAUCUCACCUAGCUCAUCCUACUCGAAUUUUGUGGAGGAAGUUGAACUCGGCGACAAUCUCAGCCAAUUCCAAUGCAUGUCACCCUACUCAAGGCACACAGACUACAUGGGAUAUUGUGGAAUUGAGGACAUGCCAUAUGAAGGACAAGAAACUUGGGAGCAAGCAACGAUCUGUAGACAGAGCAGCGGAGAUGGGAGCUCGGGGGAACUUGGCGGCCUUUGGUCACAGGAAGACAACAUGGUCAUUGUGAUGUGAGAGCUUCUUCUGCCAAACCUUGAACAAUGCUAUGCUGGCUACUUGGUUUUAGCUUGUGAGAAUCUGGAAUAAUCCUCUGUGACAACGCCUUUUAACGUUGUUCUUGGAGUGAAAACUAUGAGUUCUGCCCCUACUGUACAAGUGUGGUUGCUGUAUAGCUUGCAGCUUCGUAUAUAUAUGGUGGUGCUAGUGCUGGUGCUGGUGUUGGUCUAGUAACUGUAACUGUUGACCCUGCUCAUGUUAUGCUGUGCAGGUAAUCCAAAUUACUAGAAUCUUGUUGAUGAUGCAAAAUAUUACCAAUAAUAUUUGAAUGCGAACCUAGCUAGACCAAUGGAGAGACUUUUUUGCUUCCGACUUGCUAUUGAUAGUGCGAUGAAUGUCAGCUGACUUAUAUUGUUGGGUGGAUAAAAUCUUGUUUUGCAUUA